AUGGGAUGUUGUCUUCUGGUGUAUUGGUGGGAGAAGAACGAAAAAGACAAAGGAAACAUCUUCUGGUGGGACAUUCUCUGUGCCACUUUCCAACACACCCAUGUGCUUCACUCUGACUUCCAUGUAGGUAAUCUCCAAAAACCAACCAUCAAGUCUGAACCAGGCUCUGUGAUCGCCUUUGAAAGAGCAAUGACCAUCUGGUGUCAGGGGAACCUGGAUGCAGAAGUAUAUUUUCUGUAUAAUGAGGGAAGCCAAAAAACACAGAGCACACAGACCCUACAGGAGCCUGGGAACAAGGGCAAGUUCUUCUUCCCUUAUGUGACAGGACAACAUGCAGGGCAAUAUCGCUGUUAUUGUUACAGCUCAGCUGGUUGGUCACAGCCCAGUGACACCCUGGAGCUGGUGGUGACAGGAAUCUAUGAACACUAUAAACCCAGGCUCUCAGUACUGCCCAGCCCUGUGGUGACAGCAGGUGGAAACAUGACACUCCACUGUGCCUCUCAAGGUCACUAUGAUAAAUUCAUUCUCACCAAGGAAGAUGAGAAAUUCACCAGCUCACUGGACACAGAUUAUAUACCUUCUCGUAGACAGUACCAAGCCCUGUUUAUUAUAGGACCCACAACCCCAACCCAUACAGGGACAUUCAGAUGUUAUGGUUACUACAAGAANGCCCCANAGCUCUGGUCAGUACCUAGUGAUCUCCAACAAAUACUCAUCUCAGGGCUGUCCAAGAAGCCCUCUCUGCUGACUCAACAAGGCCAUAUCCUGGACCCUGGAAUGACCCUCACCCUGCAGUGUUUCUCUGACAGCAACUAUGACAGAUUUGCUCUGCACAAGGUGGGGGGAGCUGUCAUCAUGCAGCACUCUAGCCAGCAGACUGACACUGGCUUCUCUGUGUCCAACUUCACACUGGGCUAUGUGAGCACCUCCACUGGAGACCAAUACAGAUGCUAUGGUGCACACAACCUCUCCUCUGAGUGGUCAGCCUCCAGUGACCCCCUGGACAUCCUGAUCACAGGGCAGCUCCAAAUCACUCCUUCCCUCUCAGUGAAGCCUAACUACACAGUGCACUCAGGAGAGAACGUGACCCUGCUGUGUUCGUCAAUGUACUCUGUGGAUACUUUCAUUCUGUCCAAGGAGGGAUCAGCCCAGCAACCCCUGAGACUAAAAUCAAAGUCCCAUGAUCAGCAGUCCCAGGCAGAAUUCUUCAUGAAUGCUGUGACCUCCCAUCUGUCAGGCAUCUACAGGUGCUAUGGUGCUCAAGACUCAUCUUUCUACCUCUUGUCAUCUGCCAGUGCCCCUGUGGAGCUCACAGUCUCAGGACCCAUCAAACCCUCUACCUCGCCACCCACAAUGUCCUUGCCACUAGAUGGACUGCAUAUGUACCUGAAGGUUCUCAUUGGAGUGUCUGUGGCCUUCCUCCUGUUCCUCUUCAUCCUCAUCUUCAUUCUUCUCCGACGAAGACAUCAGGGAAAAUUCAGGAAAGAUGGUGAGGAGGUCCAGAAAGAGAAAGACUUGAAACUUUCUACAGGAGCUGAAGAGCCCAUAACCAGGAAAGGAGAACUCCAGAAGAGGCCCAACCCAGCUGCUGCCACCCAGGAAGAAAGCCUAUAUGCUUCAGUGGAGGACAUGCAAACUGAGGAUGGUGUGGAGCUGAACAGCUGGACACCACCUGAGGAAGAUCCCCAGGGAGAGACUUAUGCCCAGGUGAAACCCUCCAGGCUCAGGAAGGCAGGACAUGUCUCACCUUCUGUCAUGUCAAGGGAACAACUGAACGCAGAAUAUGAACAAGCAGAAGAGGGCCAAGGAGCAAACAAUCAGGCUGCCGAAUCUGGGGAGUCCCAGGAUGUGAUCUACGCCCAGCUGUGCAGCAGGACACUCAGACAGGGGGCAGCUGCAUCUCCUCUCUCCCAGGCAGGGGAAGCCCCAGAGGAGCCCAGUGUAUAUGCUACUCUGGCGGCUGCUCGUCCAGAGGCUGUUCCCAAGGACAUGGAGCGAUGACCCCCUGCCUGCCAGGAUGCCUAGCAGAGACCUCCAAGGGACUCUGGGAACUUUUGGAAACGUGACUGCACUUUAAGUAACAUCACAGUUUGGAAAUAAAGCUAGAGAUUUCUCAAUAA